AUGGCAACACUGUUCCGCCGGAGUUGCGCACUUUUUCCCCGUGGAAACUUCAGAUGUGAGCGCCUUUUCAGUUCAGAGCAGCCAAAUCCUCGACUUGUCAGAACCGAGGGUCAAAGAGACUUGACAAACUUGGAUCUUAUUGAAGAACAAAUUCGACAAAAAGCAGCGAAACGAAAGGAAAGCGGAGGACAGAACUGGGUUUACCGAUCGGAAAUGGUCAAGCAUUACGGUCUUGAUAACAACCAUAGGUAUACUUGGAUCGCUUAUGGUUUAAUCAUCAUUUUUGGAUUUACUGCUUUUAUUUACGUGAAAUCGAAUGUUGUUAUGAACAGAAAGGAAGAGAUGGAACAACGUGAGAAGUUACGGAAGGAGCUUAACCUCACAGGUGUUGACAGAAAGAAGAUUGCGAUUGUAGAGAACUGA